AUGGACAGCGCACCCAACAGCGACGUCACACCGAAUCCCACGGUACCCGAACCUGUCGUCGCUACUCUCAAGCUAACUCUGGUUUCUGAGCCAAGGUACGACUACGUCAUCGGUGCUUUACCACCUGCUGUCAUCGCCAUCGUAAGGGACAUUCUGCGCUCUCCGCCUCCUGACACACCCUACGACACUCUUAAAACAGAGCUUAUACGCCGAACAACCGAGUCGGAACAGCGUAGGCUGCAGCAGCUACUCACCGCGGAGGAGCUCGGUGACCGCAAGCCCACGGAGCUUCUGCGUCGCAUGCGGCAUCUGAGUGGGGACCAGUCUGCUGCAUUGGACACAUCCAUUCUACAGGAGCUCUUCCUACAGCGACUGCCACAGCAGGUGCGGAUGAUCUUGAGCGUGUCCUCCACAGAAACCCUCGACUCACUGGCACAGAUGGCCGACAAAAUUAUGUAUGUUGGCACCCCGGCCAUAUCUGGAAUCGAGAGACAACGUGGCUCUUCCCUCUUUGCGCCGGUCCACGACGACCGCUUGGACCGCCUCCUUCAAGCUAAUGAGGAGCUCAACCGCAAAGUGGACCAGCUGGCCGCUGCACUCAGCUGGUUCAACGCAGACCACUGA